UAUUUAGAACAAUUUUAUACAACAUCGAAACGUGUGAAAUGUGAGGGGUAUUUAUAACACACUUCUCUUCCCUUUUCUUUCCCUGGCCUUUCCAUUUCCCAGAUCUGCUCCUUCCUCACCCACAGAGACUACAGUUUAGGUUUAAAAGAUCAGUUGAAUAACAUGGGUCGUGGAGUUAGCUAUGGUGGUGGUCAAAGUUCAUUAGGCUAUCUUUUUGGCAGUGGAGAGGCUCCAGCUCCAAAACCUGCAACAAAUAACGCCCAACCUGAAGUGCAGGCUGUAAAUGAUGCGCCUCCUUCAAAACCGGUUGAGGCUCCUAAAUCAAUAGACCCUAACAAGCCUGCUGGUAUCAACAGUCACUCUACUGAAGGCCAGAACACUGGCAACUUCAUCACGGACCGACCCUCAACCAAGGUCCAUGCUGCCCCUGGUGGUGGUUCUUCUCUGGGUUAUCUCUUUGGUGGACCUGGAGAGGGAAAAUGAUACCUUGGUUCGAAACUUUUGGUCAAUGAACGAUUUAUUUUGAAAUUCAGGUCGUGGAAACAUAAUGGAAGAUAUGGUGUAUUAUAGGUUUGGGAUAAGUGGGUCAAGAAGAGUGCUAUAUUUUGGAUGUGCUAAACAUCUAUUACAGAACUGUGUUUGACAGAAUUAAAUAUUUCUAUUAAGUGCACAUUUGCUUCCACUU